GUGUGUUCACCAUGUUCUCCUUGUCAGAGCUGGUGUCUCUGAGCCCAGGUCAGGCCAGCUCCAAGCUGCUAAAGCCGUGGUGGGAGGUGUUCAUGGACCACCUGGUUCUGCUCAUGCUCAUGGUGUCUGUCCUGGCUGGAACCCUCCUGCUCUCCAGGGACAGGGUGGUCUGCCUGCCCCUAGACCCCUCCUCACCCUCCUCCAACCCCUCCUCCUGCUCCUCCUCAUCCCCCUCUUCCCUCUCCUCACCCUCCUCCACCCCCUCCUCCUGUUCCUCCUUUUCCCCCCCUCCCCAGGGCCGGAGGACUCAGCUGGACUACCAGCAGUAUGUGUACGUCAGCCAGGUGUGCUACCACCAGGCCCCUGCCCUGGCCUCUCGCCUAGCGCCCUACCUGACCCUGCUCCAGUCCCUGUCCCUGGUGCUCCUGGCCAGCGGAGGCUUCUGGCUGCACUUCCCCCUCUCCUCCGCCCGCGUCGAGCACUUCCUGGCCAUCCUGGCCAAGUGCAGCGAGUCUCCUUGGACGUCCCGCGCCCUGUCGCACGCCGCCCGCCACGACCCCGCCCAUGACAACACCCCCAUCCAGCAGGAGGAGGAGGAGGAGGAGAGAGGAGGCCAGAGACCUCCCCCCACGCCCUCCUCCCUCCUCACCUCCUCUCGGACGCGCCAGUCCAGCCUGGACUCUGGAACUGACAGCCCCCUGCUGGGCAGGCCUCACCCCGCCCCGCCUUCGCCCUGCCCCUCCUCCCUCUCCCGCACCUCCUCCCUAUCCUCGGUGUGUGUGUCCCCGCGGGCGCAGGCCCCCAGGCCCCCUGCCCCCCGACAAGCGGUCACCCUGGACAGGAGUGAUGGGGAGCAGGCCCGAGCCCUGUUUGAGAGGGUCCGUAGGUUCAGAGCUCACUGUGAGAACUCUGACGUCAUCUAUAAGGUGUACCUGUGCCAGACAGCAUUCAAGCUGCUGAUGGUGGUUGUGAUAGUGGGCUACACAGCCCCCUUGCUGAGCUCCAUCACCUUCUGCCACACCUGCCUCCCCCAGGCCCACGGCCUGACGGGCUACGCUGCCUUCCAGUGCACCCACGCCCUGGCUGCCCUGCUGCACAAGCUCAUGCUGGCCUACCUGUGCCUGGUGGGACUCUAUGGCCUGCUGGGCCUCUACGCACUCUACUGGAGCUUGUACAGCUCCCUCCGUCAGUACUCCUUCUCCCGCCUGAAGGAGCUGUGUUUCCUUGGCGACGUCCCUGACCUCUGCAACGACCUGGCGUUCCUGCUGCACAUGUCUGACCAGUACGACCCCCUGCUGGCCCAGCGCCUUUCCGUGUUCCUGUCGCCCGUCAGUGAGACGCGCCUCCUGGACGAGGGCAUGCGGCGGCGCUGGGGGGCCGAGAGGCUGGUCUCCAUGACGACCACAGACGGCAGGGGGCGGAGCCUGCUGCAGCUAGUGGCGCUGCCCCGCCUCCCCCCCGCCCUCUUCUCCCUGAGUCAGGUGGAGGUGCUGAAGCUGGAGCUGGUCCGGGAGGCCAAGAUCACCGGCCAGGUGACAGGGAUGACAUCACUCAGGGAGCUGCACCUGUACCUCUGCUCAGCAGCAGUAGAGCCGGGGGCGCUGGCGUUCCUCCAGGAGCACCUGGAGUCCCUGCACCUCACCUUCCCCCAGGCCUCCGACCUGCCGCCCUGGGCCCUGUCCCUGCGAGGCCUGCAAGAGCUGCACCUCACCGGCCGACUGGGCUGCGAGGGCGGGGUGGGCCGGGGCUGGGCCCUGGGCAGCCUCCGCCAGCUGCGUCACCUCCGGGUGCUGGUCCUCAGGGGCAUGCUGCCCCGCGUGCCCGGCGAGCUGGGAGAGGUGGGUGCCACCCUGGUCCGCCUGGAGGUCCACAACGAGGGCUGCCGCCUGCUGGUGUUGACGGGUCUGCGCCGCCUUGGCGGACUGACAGAGCUAGUGCUGCAGGGCUGCCAGCUGGAGCGCCUGCCCUCCGCCCUGCUAGCGCUGCCUGCGCUGCGCAGCCUGGACCUGGGCCACAACAGCCUGCGCUGCCUGGACGAGCUGCCAGGUCUAGGGCAGCUACGGCGGCUCUCCAGCCUCUGUCUUUCCCACAACCGCGUCCUGGUUCUUCCCGCCGGCGUGGGCCUGCUCCGGGGCCUGGAGCUGCUGGACCUGGGCCACAACCAGCUAAGCGCCCUGCCCCCGGCCCUCUUCAUCCUGCCCCGGCUGCGGCGCCUGCUGCUGGGGGGAAACCUGCUGGAGGAGCUGCCGGGGGAGGUGGGGGCGCUGGGGGCGCUGGCGGAACUGGACCUGAGUGGGAACCGCUUGGAGAGCCUCCCUGCAGAGUUGUGGAGGUGCGCGGGGCUGCGCAGCCUCAACCUGGCCCACAACUCCCUGGAGGGGCUUCCCCCGGGGCUGGGGGGCCUGGGGGCGCUGGCACGCCUGGAUCUGCGCUGCAACAGCCUGCAGGAGCUGCCCGAGGAGCUGGGGGGCUGCGGGGGCCUGAGGGGGGGCGGGCGGCUGCUGGUGGAAGACUGGCUGCUCCACACCCUGCCACAGCCUGUCAGGGACUUCCUGUUGUCCCCGCCCGGCUCCCCUCUCCAAGGCACGACCUCGGAGACGAAACCGUCACGCCCGGAGUCGGACAGCUUCCCCUACUUCUCUGCUGCUCAGUGGAGCUUCUCCUCUGCUAUGGAGUCUCGCAUAUAGAACCCUACUAGGACACCAGAACCCUAAUUACAAACCUAUCCUGUUCCAUAACUAGAACCUUAACCAGAACCUUCAGCAGAACCUUAACCAGAUCCUUAAUCCCAACACUAACCAACCGUCAAUGCCAGGCAGCACUACGGGAUGACUACAGGAUGAUGCAGUCUCUGAACCCUCUAUUCUGUUUGACCCAGAAGGUGAUGUCUGACCACCUGGUUAUCUGACCUGUAUCUUCCUGUCUGCCUGCCCGUCGGCCUGUAUGCCUGCCUGUAUGCCUGUAUGCCUGUAUGCCUGUCUGUCUGUCUGCCUGCCUGUCUGCUUGUCUGCCUGUCUGUCUGCCUGUCUGCCUGCCCUGAGGAGGUCUGAAUGUCCAUUUGAUGUUUUAUAUUUCUGACACAUGACGUUUUUAUGGACCAAUAACAUGGAAACAUUCAAACAGCUUCUUUUUCACAUUUAAUAUGUCCAUCUUCUGCCUUGCUGAUAUCCUGACUAGCUGGCUGCAUUCAUGGGCAAUUAUACUGUGGGUGUAG